CCGGACUUCACUGUUGCAAUGAGACCAUCAGCGGUGCGUCUACUCAACAUCCUCGUCCCAGUCAAGAGGACAGUAGACUAUGCGGUCAAGAUCCGCGUAAAUCCCCAGCAGACCGGGGUAGAUCUCAACGUGAAGCAUUCCAUGAACCCUUUCGAUGAGAUUGCCGUAGAGGAAGCCGUCCGCCAGCGCGAACAGCUCAAGGACAAGAUCACCUCCAUCAAGGUCGUCACCAUCGGCCCGCCCAAAGCCGCCGACACGCUCCGCACCGCCCUCGCCAUGGGCGCGGACUCGGCCAUCCACAUCGAGGUCCCCGAGUCCGCGCCUGCGCCCGAGCCGCUCGGCGUCGCCAAGGCGCUCCGCGCCGUCAUUGAGCGUGAGAAGGCGAAGGGCGGGGUCGACGUCGUGAUCAUGGGCAAGCAGGCGAUCGACGACGACGCCGGCCAGACGGGCCAGAUGCUCGCGGGGUUGAUGGACUGGGCGCAGGCGACGUUCGCGAGCAAGCUCGUGCUUGAUGCGGACAAGAAGGAGGCGAGCGUGACGAGGGAGAUUGACGGUGGCCUGCAGGAACUCAAAGCCCGGUUACCGCUGGUGGUCACUACCGACCUGCGGCUCAACGAACCCCGAUACGCUUCGCUCCCCAACAUCAUGAAGGCCAAGAAGAAGCCGAUCGAGAAGCUCAGCCCGUCUGACCUCGGCGUCGACCUCACCCCGCGCCUAGAGACUAUAAAGGUGACUGAGCCACCACAACGCAAAGGUGGCACGAAGGUGGAAUCGGUAGAUGCAUUGGUCGCGAAGCUCAAGGAGGCCGGCUUCACCGCCGUCAAGUCAUGAACGAUUCGCAAUUGUAUAGAUUUGCAUUGCAUACUGCACAACGAUUAUAGGAUUUGCGAUGGACGCUGAGCGCCUGCGAUCGACGCGCCAUAGAUAGCAAUAAGUCACAGCGGAUAUGAUAUGGUAUGUCUCCGAGUCUUUGCUUGUAGAUGUUCAAGCUUUUCC